UAGAUACAUAAGGUUUGGAGUGAGUGACACAAUUGACAUGCAAUUUCCUGAAACAACAUCCAUGGAAAUCAUUUCACCGUUCCUCAACAUAGUAGGACUCUGCCUCUUGUUUCUCUUCUCUGUUUUCGUUUUGAAGAAGCUGGGCAGGCCUUGCAAAGGCAGACACCCUCCUGAGGCAGACGGCGGAUGGCCGAUUAUAGGCCACCUGCGACUGCUGGUAGGUCCAAAGCUCCCCUACGAAACACUGGGAGACAUGGCCGACAAAUACGGACCAAUAUUCACCAUUCGAGUUGGUGUCCGGAAAGGCCUGGUUAUAAGCAGUUGGGAAGUGGCAAAAGAGUGCUACACAACUCUUGAUCCAGUCAUUUCUUCGCGUCCCGAAAGUGUGGUAGGCGAAUUGUUGGGCUACAACUUUGCCGGUUUUGGGUUCAGGCCAUAUUAUGAUUCCUUUUACCGCAGCGUGCGCAAAAUCAUAAUCUCCAAACUGCUGUCCAACCACCGUUUGGCGUUGAACAGAGACGUUAGAGUUUCUGAGGUGAAGAGAGCGGUGAAGGAGCUUUACGAUUUGUGGAUCACAAAUAGAGAUUUGGUUGUUGAUAUGGAUGAGUGGAUUGGGAAUAUUAAUUUGAAUGCGAGUUUGAUGAUGGUUUGCGGGAAGAGAUUCGUUGGCGAUGAUGAGGUUGUGAGACGGUGCCGCAAAGCCAUGAGGGAUUUCUUUGAUUUGGGUGGUCAGUUUAUGGUGGGAGAUGCCAUUCCCUUUCUUAGAUGGCUGGAUUUGGGCGGCUAUGAGAAGGCCAUGAAGACAACUUCAAGGGAAUUGGACUGUCUUAUUACGGAGUGGCUGGAAGAACACCGCCGAAAGAGACACUCCUCCACCGCCGCAGCCGCCGAUGGUGAACAUGACUUCAUGGAUGUGAUGCUUUCGAUUCUUGAAGAAGGAACGAUGGACCUUGCUGGGUAUGAUACUGAUACAGUCAUCAAAGCCACUUGCAUGACCCUUAUUGCCGGGGGAACUGAUACCAUGACAGUCACCGUGACAUGGGCGAUCUCAUCAUUAUUGAACAACCGAGAGAUACUAAGAAAGGCACAAGAGGAGCUAGACAUGCAUGUCGGAAAGGAAAGGGUAGUGGAUGAAUCAGACAUAAGCAAGCUGGUGUAUCUCCAAGCCAUUGUGAAAGAGACAUUUAGGUUGUACCCACCAGGCCCCCUGGGGGGGGUGCGAGAGUUCAGCCAGGACUGCACGGUGGGAGGCUAUAACGUGGCCGCCGGCACACGCCUCAUCACUAACCUUCGGAAGAUACAGACGGACCCUCGAGUUUGGGCAGAGCCUUUGGAAUUCAAGCCUGAGAGGUUUCUGGGUAGGCACAAGCAGUUGGAUGUGAGUGGCAAGAAUUUUGAACUGGGCCCGUUUGGGUAUGGAAGAAGGGCCUGUCCUGGGCUGGGCAUUGGAGUUCAAAUGACGCAUCUGCUGCUGGCAACUCUGAUUCAUUCAUUUGAAAUUGGAACUCGUUUUGAUGAACCGGUUGACAUGGCUGCUGUUAACUCUGGACUCACGGCCCGUAGAGUCAACUCUCUUAAACUUCUAGUCAAGCCUCGCCUCCUACCCAGUGCUUAUGCGGUUGAUUCUGCCUAAUCAAUUUGCUAUAAUGUUUUCCAAGUCUAUUUAGAGUCUUUUAUGUUU